AUGGCCUCCCCAAACGACGAGGACCCCUUCCUCCAGGUCCAGCAGGACGUCCUCGCACAGCUCGACCACACGCGCCCUCUCUUCAAGUCCUACCUCCGCAUCCGCUCCCUCUCGACGACCGCCUCCUCCCCCGAGCUCGCCGCCGCCCGCACAGACCUCGAGUCCGCCCUCGCCUCGCUCGCCGAAGACCUCGCCGACCUCGUCGACUCCGUCUCCGCCAUCGAGGAUGACCCCUCCCAAUUCGGCCUCGCCGCGACCGAGGUGACCCGUCGCAAGCGCCUCGUGCAAGACGUCGGCGCCGAGGUGGCCUCGAUGCGCAGCGAGCUCGCCAAGACACUCGCCGCGGGCGCCUCCCCUGGCGGCGGCGGCGACCUCCCCGACCCCAACGCCUUCAACCUCGGCGACGACGACGACGACGCCUACGCCGAGUUCGAGCAGCAGCAGCAGCAGGAGAUGAUGCGCGAGCAGGACACGCACCUCGACGGCGUCUUCCAGACGGUCGGCAACCUGCGCCGCCAGGCCGACGACAUGGGCCGCGAGCUCGAGGAGCAGCGCGAGAUGCUCGAGGUCGUCGACACGGUCGCCGACCGCGUCGGCGGCCGCCUGCAGACGGGCGUCGCCAAGCUGCAGUACGUCGUGCGCAGGAACGAGGACCGUCUGAGCAGCUGCUGCAUCGGGGUGCUCAUCCUCGUGCUGUGCAUCUUGCUCGUGCUGCUGCUGAUCUUACGCCGUCUACCCAACUAA